GGUUCCAUCCGGCACCCGGAAGAGUGAGUGUGGGGUUUAUCCCAGUCCUUCGACCACUCCCAGUUUCCUCUACUCUGGUCAUCUUUUGGAACAAAUGUCUUCUAUAAAAAGAAGUCCAAAGCAAGAAAUCAUUUCCCAAUUUCACUGUUCAGCUGCAGAAGGCGAUCUUGCCAGGUUAACUGUAAUACUCAGUCAUUCUCCAUCUCUUCUCAAUGAAACUUCUGAAAAUGGCUGGACUGCUUUAAUGUAUGCUGCAAGGAAUGGACACCCAGAUGUUGUCCAAUUUCUACUUGAAAAGGGGUGUGACAGAUCCAUUGUCAACAAAUCAAGGCAGACUGCCCUGGAUAUUGCUAAAUUUUGGGGUUAUAGGCAUGUAGCUAACUUGCUAGCUAAUGCUAAAGAUGGAAAGAAACCAUGGUUCCUAAACAGUGAAGUGGAAGAAAGUGAAAAUUAUUUUAGCAGGACACUACUGGACCGGAAAAGUGAAAAAAGAAAUAAUUCUGACUGGCUACUAGCGAAAGAAAGCCAUCCAGCCACAGUUUAUAUCCUAUUCUCAGACUUAAAUCCCUUGGUUACUCUUGGUGGCAAUAAAGAAAGUUCCCAACAGCCAGAAGUCAGGCUUUGUCAGCUAACCUACACAGAUAUAAAAGAUUAUUUGGCUCAGCGUGAGAAGAUCACCUUGAUUUUCCUUGGAGUAGAAUUUGAAAUGAAAAAAGAGUUACUUAAUUAUGCUGGGGAAGUCCCAAGAGAAGAAGAAGAUGGGUUGGUUGCCUGGUUUGCUCUAGGUAUAGAUCCUAUUGCUGCCGAAGAAUUUAAGCAAAGACAUGAAAAUUGUUAUUUUCUUCAUCCUCCAAUGCCAGCUCUUCUGCAGUUGAAAGAAAAAGAAGCUGGUGUUGUAGCUCAAGCGAGAUCAGUCCUGGCCUGGCACAGUAGGUAUAAGUUCUGCCCAACCUGUGGAAGUGCAACUAAAAUUGAAGAAGGCGGCUAUAAAAGAGUCUGCUUAAGAGAACACUGCCCUAGCCUCCAUGGCGUUCACAAUACAUCCUAUCCGAGAGUUGAUCCAGUAGUAAUCAUGCAAGUUAUUCAUCCAGAUGGGACCAAAUGUCUUUUAGGCAGACAGAAAAGAUUUCCCCCAGGCAUGUUUACUUGCCUUGCUGGAUUUAUUGAACCUGGAGAGACAAUAGAAGAUGCUGUUCGGAGAGAAGUAGAAGAGGAGAGUGGAGUCAAAGUUGGCCAUGUUCAGUAUGUCUCUUGUCAACCAUGGCCCAUGCCCUCCUCCUUAAUGAUUGGUUGCUUAGCUGUGGCAGUGUCUACAGAAAUUAAAGUUGACAAGAAUGAAAUAGAGGACGCCCGCUGGUUCACUAGAGAACAGGUCGUGGAUGUUCUGACCAAAGGGAAGCAGCAGGCAUUCUUUGUGCCACCAAGCCGAGCUAUUGCACACCAAUUAAUCAAACACUGGAUUGGAAUGAACCCCAGUCUCUAAAUCAAAUAACUAAACUUUAAGUCGUAAUUGAUUUCUAAUGCUACUUAUUCCUCAAGUGAGAUUAGAAAUGUUCAGUGUUCUUUAACAUGUCACAAUACAAAAUAUCACAUAGGUCACAUAGGAUUUUUUAAAUAUUUUCAAAGUGUACUUUUCAUCUUAACCACAGAAUUCAUGUUUUUAUAAAUUACAACAUUGCUUCAGAUUUUGUUAAAUCUGAGUCAGCCUUCUUGAAACUUUUUGUUUUUCGGUUGUGUUCCACAAUUUUAUCUCACAAAACCAUAUUUCUAAUAAGAGAUAUCAUGUUAUAAAGAAGUAUGUUCUGAAAAUAUAAAUAAACAUAAAUUCCAGCCCCUCUUACUAGACCAGACACCAAAAACCAAUCACUGAAAUUAAACAUAUUUGGGAGGAAUUCUCCUCAAAGAUCAGAUAUUAAAUAAAUCCCAGAUAGAUUUACAUUUUUAAUAAAAACACUGGCUUUAUUUCAUAUCCUUUUUGGAAAAUGAGACAAAAUAAUUUUAAUGAAUUUGGAGCUUGACUUUUAUUCUUUUCGUUACCAUAAAGGUUCUUUCAGCUGUCAUUAGUUUCUUUUUGCUUAUCUUCCCAUUGUAAUUUACUUUUCUCUCUUAGUUCCAUUGUUCUAGCAGUAAUGCAGUUAUAAUGUUUCUACUAAUCUGUUUUCAUCAGUGUUAAGAAUUUUCUAUUUUAGCAGCUCUACUAGUUAUCAGAAUAUGACUCUCUCAUGGAAAGAUCGCUUAAGUAAGAGUGUACCAUUGUGUCUGGGACCUCUUCCUUAAACCUAAAAUUAAUUAAUCCAUCUGUUAUACUCAACGUCUUAAAUCAGGAUUCUCUGCUUUUUCACUGAAAUUAAACAUUUGAAAGGCAUUCUCCUCAAAGGUCAGAUGUUAUAUAAAUCCCAGAUAGAUUUACAUGCAGAGGGUGCCAAAAAAAAAUGUAUACACAUUUUAAGAAAGGAAAACUAUUAAAAUUGUAAUAGUCAAUAUAUACCGAUAACGAAAGAUGAAUACAAGUCACGUUUGACUUCUGCAAUUACAAGAGGUGCUCAAUGUGGUUACCAUCAGUGUCCAGACACUUCUGAUUAGGACGAACUACUGCUUGAGCUAUAUUGACCAGUGCCCCCUUGUAUACAUUACUUUGGCAGCCCCAGUAUUCAAAAAAAAAAAAAAAAAAAAAACUGGCUUUAUGUCAUUUUGUGAUAGGGAAUGUAUCUUCUUUAGCAAAAAAUUAUAUAAUCAUUACUAAUAACAUUUAUUAAACUCAACUAUAACAUCUUGGUUUUGGCCUUAAUUCAACAUUCUAAGAAGACUUCAUAAAAUAAGUCUAUCUUAGAAAUGAAUCGGUAAGAUUCUAGAGAAAGUAAAUUGUAGUAGUUUACAAUUUUGCCACAUAGAACUGUCAUAUUUUAUAAAGCUGUUUUGAAAUUGUUUUAAAAGAUAGUGUUUAAAUAUAUAAAUUUAUUUAAUUUGACUCUAUACUAUAUUGUGUGUUAGAACUAGAAGAGACCUUAAGGAUAACAUAUGUAGUUCACUGCCCUUCAUUUAUAAAUAAGGAAAAGGAAAUCCUAAAAGGUGAAUUUAAUCAAUUUAAUUCACUAAAGGUGAGCUAAUUAAUUAAUUAAUGAAAGUUACAAAAUUACAAUUUAAACAUUUUAAUACAAUUAAUUGUAAUUACAUUUAAGUAACUUAAUUAAACAGUCUACACUGUAUAACCCAAUGCGGGAUUCUCCCUCUAAUAGGAUAAAGAAACUAUUGCUAAAAGUAUAUGCAGAAUAAACUAAAAUAAUGGAUGAUAAGACUAAGUUCAGUUUACCAAAUAUUGUUAAUUAAAUGCUUAGAUACUGAAAUUCAUUUAACUAAGAUAGUUUUCUUAGAUAAAACUUUAUUUGACUAAUAAACAAUGAUUUUCUUAGUAAUUGAGGAGGGCUUAUUGAUAUCAGGACUUUAGACAAAAUUAAGACUUACACAGGAUAUUUAGAUGCAUAAAAUAUGAACCUACAUAGGUAGAUGGAAAAUAUGUGCCUUGAUUAUUACAAAGUAUAAUGACUUAAGGUUCAGUUUUGCUUCAUAUGUACUUUUAAUACUUACAGAUCCUAAGAUUACAUCAAAAAUUCAGAUUUCCAUAAUGUCAAGUUAGCAAGGUAAAAUACAAAGUGUCAACAAAGUACAGUUAUAAAUUUAUGUUUGAUGUUUAAUCCAGUACUCAGGGAAAAUCAGUAUCUAAGUAAAUUAUUGUUAAUAAUUCUUAAAUUGCUAACCUCUGAGAGGUGAAUAGCUGCAUAUAAGUAGAAGGAAUAGCCACGCAAUGGUAGAGGUUCAAGUGCCAUGAAUGUAUUCUAAUGGAAAUGAAGGUAACAAUACAUUAAAAAAUUUAUCUAUUUUCUGUUUUGUGUGUUUC